GGAACCUGGGAGCGCCGGCGCGGCCGCGUAAUCCGUCACUCCCGGGAGAUGUCUCAUUAACCCAUUAACCAGGGAGGUUGGGGACGUGCUGGGAGGAGAGCGAAGGGAGAAGCCGGGGGUGUGAAAGGCAGAGCGCGGGCAGGGGAGGAGCCGUGCAGGCAGGCACUGGGGCCAGCUCCGCCGGGCAGCCCGGACACCGACAGCACUUCCCCGAGGACGGUGGGGAAGGGACAGCGGUGGCCUCCGGGGACCAGGCGUGGGGCAACCGAGCCGAGCCCACCCCACCGGAUUCUCCCCCAGGGCCCCCGCGGGGACGCGGCCGCCCGGCACCGGCAGCGAGGAUGAAGCGGCUGUGCGAGGAGAGCUCCUCCGACACCGAGUCGGAUGGCACCAUCGACGUGGGCCGGGAGGACGAGUACAGCCAUGUUUCCAGGUCUGUGUCUCCCACUACAACCUCUCAGAUCCAAGCCAGGAAGAAGCGGAGAGGGAUCAUUGAGAAGCGGCGCCGGGACCGUAUCAACAGCAGCCUCUCCGAGCUGCGGCGCCUGGUGCCCACCGCCUUCGAGAAGCAGGGCUCUUCCAAGCUGGAGAAGGCAGAAAUUCUACAGAUGACAGUGGAUCAUUUAAAAAUGCUUCACGCCACUGGAGGAACAGGCUUCUUAGAUGCUCGAGCUCUGGCUGUGGAUUACAGGAGUAUUGGCUUCCGCGAAUGUCUCACUGAAGUUGUCAGGUACCUGGGCAUCCUCGAGGGCCAAAAUGCUGCUGACCCCAUCCGGCUGCGACUCCUCUCCCACCUGAAUAAUUACGUGGCUGAAAUGGAGCCUUCGCCUGUGGCCACUUCCCUCCUGCCCAUCCAGACGUGGCCGUGGUCCUUCCUCCACAGCGCUGCCGGCCCCGUGCAGAUCCCCCGGAGGGAGGCUGCUCCAGCUCCGGUUGUUUUGACUGCAUCUUCCCUGGCUUACCCAAGCCCUGCUGUCAGGCCAGCCCCACUCCGCCGCGUUCCCAGCGACAUGCUGCCGUCCCGCCGGAGCUUCCUGGCCAGCAGGAUGGGCUCUUCCAGCCGGAGGGCCCGAGGCGCAGGCUCCUCUGCAGCCGUGGCAGCCGUGCCCAGGAUGCCGUCACCAGCGGGGGUCUUGAGGGAAGGUUCAUCCAAGAGCAGCCAGAUCACCACGUUCCUCUUCUCACCAGCCGCAGCCGGUGUCCCUGUUCCUCCGGCUUACACGGCACCUCCCGCCUUGGGCGCUGCCGCGCAGGGACCCGGGAUCAGGGUUGGGACAUCCAGGAUCUGCCGCUCCUGGGCGACUGAAAUCGGGGCUUUUUGACCCUUCCCUCCCCUUCGGAGACAGGAAUUCUUCAGCACUCGUUGCCCGCAGGCCUAAGAACAAACUCAGCUGAAAAGGCAUCUUUCCUGCUUUGCAGAAGCCAAGGAUCCAUCAAGAAAAUUCUCCUCACUCUUCCCUCCUCCUCGCGCCGCCCUCCUUGCCCACCAUCACACGUCCUCUCCCCCGUGAUGCCUGCAAACAUAAAUCACAUCCAAUUUGAUGCACUUGUCUGCACGUGGCCAUACCCCAGACCCUUCUGGCUACGAGGGAGGGGGCACACGCAGAUCCCAACCCUGCCCCUCCUCCAGCAAACCCCUCUGCGGAGCCCAGCAUCGCUCUCCUUUGGAAAACAGCCAGUCUUGAAAUACUGACUUAUUUCCUUGGGGACUCAAGAGCUGCCAGACAGAGACCUGCUGAUGCUGGUUCCCUGUGAUGUGUUCCCAAGCUGCAGCACUGAAUUUUGGUGUGGUGGGAAUGGAUCCAGCUUGCCCCCCUCCCCAGCACUGCUGGCACCCGGCAAGGCAGGCUAGAGCCCCCCCAGCUCCCUCAGCAAACUGGCUGCCUGCUAAUCCCCCUGCUUUCCUCGCUGCAUUACCAGCUUUACCCACUUCUGUGCCCUUAAGGUGGAAUGAGGCAACAGCUCAGCAGAGCUGGUUCCCACAGCCCAGCUGAAGUCCUGCCGUGUCCGCGGGGCCUGUGCCGGGUCCCUGCACAAACCCUGCUGGAGCAGCUGGCCGGGCUGCCUGGGUGGAGGGGGAUUUCUGCAGCCCCUGCUCCACACCGAGGUGUGAAGAGGCCAGACAGAGGAUUUCAAAGGGAUGUCUGUCAUGGAGGGGAAGGCUCUGACAGCCAGAGUGAGAAGAAAAGGCCUUUCCUUCUGCCAGUCUCCCUGCUGGAGCCGUCUCCUCCAUCCCCUGCUGAACAGUCGUGCCUGCAAAGGGGGCAAAUGGGUCAGACCAGCCUGCAAUUGAAGUGCCUCCCUUGUUCUGUCUUAGCCCUGCAUCCCUCACCCUCUCCUCCCACAAUGUCUCUGGUUUCUUUCUUCAGCACCAUGUUUUGGUCUCACGUUGCUCAUCCCUCUCCCUGGGCUGGGACCAAAAACCACUGAGGUCUCACCGCAGACCUUGGCAAGCUCUGGAUCUGCACUUGUCCUGGUUCCCAAAAGCCUCUUCUGCCUUGGCCUAUGUGUUCCUAGAUAACUGCCACAGCAGAUAGGCCUCUGCUUCUCCACUGUCCUCCUCUCUUCUCUGGGCAGAAAGGAACAGAAAUCUGAAGCUCUUGAGCCCCCCUGCUCCUGUGCCACGUCCCUAACCCCCACGGUGGCCAAGGCAGGGUCUCCCAGGGCUCCCCCUCGUCUGAACAACCCCUGCUCCCUGCAUCUGUGCCUUGACUUACUGGGAUACACAUGCAGAAUAGCCUGGACCCAGUUGCAUGCCCACCCCAAGGAGUCUUGCCCACCUCUGCAGCACUGUGACAGGAAAAAAGUGUGGAAAGGUCAGUGCAAAGAAAGGUAAAAAAGAGGGAGAAGAUUUCCCUUGAAUGGGAGAGGCUCUUCCCAUGCCUCAGGUCAAAGGCGCAGCUGGUUAGACCGUGUGGAUGAGCUGGUGUUUGCAUCCCUACAGAUCCUAUCUGCCAUCUGCAUCUCCACGUAUGUAUCUGAUGCUGUUUUGGAAGCGAGUCCCUUCCGGUUGUUUUGAUGAACGUCAUGGCACUUAACAUGCAGAAAUGCCUUCGCUACUUCUCCUCACCCUUGUCCCCAAGUGCCACGAUCAGCCAGGAACACCAUCUUCCCUUUUAAUCAAGUCAGAGGGGGUCCUCAUGGCCCCUGGUUGUUCUGCAGCUGGUCAGCACGCUAGAGCUCACAGCAAGUAGCCCGGCCUCACUUGACACUGUGCAGAGCUGUUAGAUUCACAAGCUGUGACAUCCAGCAAAGGUGUCAAAUAAAGUCUUUUGAACCCCUGUCCUGGCUGUGGAAUGUAGCGUUAAUGUGAAUCUGUUCUGCUUGUCCAGCCUGCUUGGACAACUGCUAGUUUUGCAGCAGGUGAGCUUUUAUUCCUGAAAAGCCUCAAAACGGGUAAGAUGUAGCUUGUAAAGUAACAUCCCUGCUGGUUGUUUUAUAGCUGCCCUUCCUGGUAACCUCUGGUCCCAUGACUUUUUACUUUGUAAACCACCAGGCGAGUCAAAAUCAGGCAGACAGUCAGCAAGGCUUGCCCUGAGACUGGCAGGACAUCCAUGGCAUGAGAACAAACCAUUUCAUUUAGCUACCAGCGUCCACAAAAAUGUCAGGGAACAAACAGGGUCCAGCAGAGCUUUGCAGCCAGACUCUGAGGGCUCGCCUCGGUCUCCUGACCCUUUGCAAGCAGGACCAGAAUAACCCCUGCUGCUUCUUGCUGUCGGGAAACACUUUGGAAUAAACAAAGAGCCACAGCUGAGAGCUUGUCUCUGUUCUGGGGAAAAGGACCAAUAAAUGAUUCCUGCUCGUGAAAGAUGCUGGGAGAAUUUUCUGGGGAAUGGUGGGAAUUCAACUUCCUUUCCCAUAACUCCUCCUCGCUCCAAAAUGCCUUUCAAAACCGCCAAUAAAUCCCUGCCUUGAGUGCUGUGUUGGGAAUUGCUGGAAGGGAGCAACUGCAGCUGUGAUGGAGUAACACAGCAUCCGUCUGGAAGUGGAGGGAAACUUCAGGAGCAAUAAUA